UCAUUUUUUAUUGUACAAUUCUGCAAUUUUUUUAUUGUUAUUGUGCAAUUCUGUAAUUUUGUUAUUGUACUCUAUUUUUUUGUAAUUAUUUGGACUUGUAAGUGCUAGUGAUUUGAGUUCUUAUAGAUUAACGUAACUUAUGCUAAGUUUUUAGGUUCUGAUUUGUGGCAUCAAUGGAUGAUGAUAUGCUUGAUUAUCUCCACUUAAAUGAGGCUCAAGAAUUUUAUAUAAAAUAAACAUGCUUUUCUCUUUAUUUUUUGAUGAAUUUUGAGUGUGGUAAAGUUAUAUAUGUUAGACAGAUUUUACCCAAUGUUCAAGAUUUUUUAAAGUUCGUAGACUAGAUUCAAAAGCCUUUUAUAAUACUUCGGGAGCUAACGAAACAAUUUUAUUAAAAUUUAAUUUUCUCAAUUCUCGUGGGAUUGCACCAAAAAUUCUGGUUCCUUUUGGAUUUCCUUCUUUAUCAAUAAUAAUUGCGGCAUUAUCAUCAUAUCGUAGUAUAAUUCCGUUGUCACGUUUGAGUUCUUUACGGGUCCGCACAAUUACGGCUCUGACGACUUCCGAUUUUUCAAGAGUCAUAUUAGGCACAUCGUCUUUUAUAACAACAACAAUAAUGUCACCAAUAUGAGCAUAUCGCCGAUUGCUAGAUCCGAUUAUUCGAAUACACAUUAUUUUUUGAGCCCCGCUAUUAUCUGCUACAUUUAAAUGGGUUUGAGAUUGAAUCAUAUCAUUUCUUACUCCGUUUUUAUCACCGCAAUGUGCAAAGAAAAAAGAAAUAUUUUUUGUCCAAAAAUCUACGAAGAAAUCUGUUUAAGUCCGCCGUUUCUAAGUCCGCCGUUUCUAUUUUAUUUUAUUUCCAAAAAAAUGAAUUGAGUUCGUAUAGGCAUUUUUGAUGCUGCGAUACCAAUGGCUCUUUUGGCAACAUUUUUUGUUACACCAUCCAUUUCAUAAAGUAGUCGCCCGGGUUUAACAACAGAUACCCAGAAUUCUGGGGAUCCCUUUCCUGAACCCAUACGUGUUUCUGCUGGGCGUAUAGUAACGGGUUUAUCAGGGAAUUAUCCUCAAUCUUGUUCUCAGUUGCCGGUGUAUUCCUCUACUGCUACGUUUCUUCCUCGACCAGGUACUGUGCUUCUUAUCUUCUUCUUCGUUUCCUUCGUAUGUCUGAUUUUUCUUUGCUUCUUGAUUUCGAAAUUAUCCGAUUUCUGAAAAAUGAAAAUUAAAAAACAAUUUUACAUGUACGGUAUUUGAUCAGAAUUGGUUUGGUUUCUAAUUUUGCUGUUUGAAAUUGAAUUAUAUGAAGGUUUUUUGAAAAUUUUUCUUCUUUGGUUAUUUGAAAUUGAAUAAGGUGUUUUUUAAGGGGAAUAAAAAGACAGAACAAAACUCUAAUCUGAUUUUUAUAUUUGUAUUAUACACCUUAUGAUUUUUAGAGUUUUGUUCGUACCAACUAUUAUAUAUAUUGUUUCAAUAAACAUGUCUAUUUUUUUUGUCAUAAAGCCAUAAGGCAGCAACUAAUAGUAUGAUAAAUAACUAAAGGGCUAUAAAAAAGGAUGAAAAAUCACACAAGUUCACUUAAUCCCUUGUCAUGGAUGGGGCUGAUAAGAAACAGAAAAUAAAUUACAGCAUAAAAGAGGAAACACACUCCGUGUUUGGCUCUUAACAUCAAAGCUAGAGAGAAUAUCUCAUCAUUCUGAAUCCAGAAGCCAGAUCUUUUUUUACUUCAUUGUGUAUUAUUCUACUCCACAUUUCUCUAAUUUCAGGUUUGACUUAACAAAAGACAAAUUUUCACACAUUAGCCAGUAAAUGUGCUGCUGGUUUCUGUCCCAAGUUUCUCAUUGAAGCCGGGUUGAUUCAGUCUCAUACUUCUCUGGCAAAUGACAUCUCCACGAAUCCUUGAGGUGUGGAAAAUGGGCACCGUGAAGUACCUUGAAGCACUAAAGCUACAAGAAAUGAUAUCAUCACAAAGAAAAUCCCGUAAAAUAACGGACACAUUGAUAUCUUUACAACAUCCACCAACAUAUACCCUUGGCAAAAGGCGAACGGAUCACAAUUUGUUACUUCCGGAUUCAGAGUUGAAAUCAAUGGGCGCAGAGCUUCACUACACCCAGAGGGGAGGUGACAUUACAUUUCACGGUCCUCACCAGGCCAUCUUGUAUCCCAUCAUAUCAUUGAGAAAUUUGGGUCUCGGGGCAAGGAAGUACGUGGAGAAGCUAGAGCUGACCAUGGUUGAGUUAGCAUCUGAGUAUGGGGUGAAAGCAAUGAGCGGAGGAUCACGCGGAGAGACCGGUGUUUGGGUCGGCGACAGAAAGAUAGGUGCGGUUGGGGUGCGUAUCUCAUCAGGGGUGACGUCACACGGGUUGGCAUUUAACAUUGAUCCUGAUUUGAGUUACUUUGAUCACAUUGUGCCCUGUGGGAUAUCAGACAAAGGGGUGACUUCCCUGAAAAGAGAGGCAGCAGUAGAUAUGGAGCUUCCGGCAGAAGAUGUGAUUCAAGGUCAGCUUGUUUCUUGUUUUGCAAGAGUUUUUGGUUACAGCGAUGUUGUUUGGAACAAAUCCCCUCCCCUUCCUUGCAAUUGAAUGCUGAUGUUUGUUACUAUUGCUGAUUAGUUCACAUUCAAACUUGUUGUGCUCUAAUAUAACAAACAACAUUCUGGUUU